AUGACCGUCCCAGAUGAAGUCGAUAUCAUCGUAUGUGGUGGUGGAAGCUGUGGUUGCGUCGUCGCAGGUCGAUUGGCAAACUUGGAUCACAAUCUUCAAGUCCUCCUCAUCGAGGGCGGAGAGAGCAACUUGAACAAUCCAUGGGUUUUCCGUCCCGGAAUCUAUCCUCGUAAUAUGAAAUUGGACAGCAAGACGGCAUCGUUCUACUACUCUCGACCAUCGGAAUGGCUUGGUGGCCGAAAGGCCGUCGUCCCUUGCGCACAUAUCUUGGGUGGCGGGUCAUCCAUCAACUUCAUGAUGUAUACUCGUGCUUCGGCUUCGGAUUAUGAUGAUUUCCAGGCUAAGGGCUGGUCUACCAAGGAGUUGAUUCCCCUCAUGAGGAAGCAUGAGACGUAUCAGCGUGCCAGCAAUAACAGAGAUAUUCAUGGUUUUGAGGGACCUAUCAAGGUUUCUUUUGGAAACUAUACCUAUCCUGUUAUGCAGGACUUCUUGAGGGCUGCUGAGUCCCAGGGUAUCCCUACUACAGAUGAUUUGCAGGAUUUGGUUACCGGACAUGGUGCUGAACACUGGCUCAAAUGGAUUAACCGAGACACCGGUCGACGAAGUGACUCUGCUCACGCCUACAUCCACUCCACCCGCUCAGUCCACCAAAACCUGCACCUCCAAUGCAACACCAAAGUCGACAAGAUCAUCAUGGAGAAUGGAAGAGCAGUUGGCGUCAAGACCGUCCCAACUAAACCACUUCAUCCAAACCAACUCACAUCCCGCACAUUCCGUGCUCGCAAACAAAUCAUCGUCUCAGGCGGCACCCUCUCCAGCCCUCUCAUUCUCCAACGCUCUGGUAUCGGAAACCCCGAGAAACUCAAGAAGGCAGGCGUCAAGCCAAUCGUCGACCUCCCAGGUGUUGGUCUCAACUUCCAAGACCACUACCUUACCUUUUCCGUCUACCGCGCCAAACCCGGCACCGAAUCCUUCGAUGACUUCGUCCGCGGCGUGCCCGAGGUGCAAAAAGCCGUCUUCGACGAAUGGAACAUCAAAGGUACCGGGCCACUCGCCACCAACGGUAUCGACGCCGGUGUCAAAGUGCGUCCUACCGAGGAGGAACUCAAGGAGAUGGAUUCGUGGCCUACACCGCACUUCAGAAGCGGUUGGGACUCGUACUUCAAGAAUAAACCUGACAAGCCGGUUAUGCAUUAUUCUGUUAUCGCUGGUUGGUUCGGAGAUCACAUGCUCAUGCCACCCGGAAACUUCUUCACCAUGUUCCAUUUCUUGGAGUAUCCAUUCUCCCGUGGUGAGACGCAUAUCGUGUCGCCUGACCCAUACGAGGCUCCUGAUUUCGAUGCUGGAUUCAUGAAUGAUGAGAGGGAUAUGGCGCCGAUGGUUUGGGGAUAUAUUAAAUCUCGUGAAACGGCAAGACGUAUGGAGGCAUACGCUGGAGAAGUCCAGAACAUGCAUCCAUUCUACGACUUCGACUCACCUGCUCGCGCGAAGGAUAUGGAUCUCUCGACCACCAAGGCAUAUGCACUCCCAGGCAAUUUGACCGCUGGAAUCCAACACGGCUCAUGGAGCAUGCCCGUCGAAGCCGGCAAACCGCCAAAACCAAGCUUGCUAAACAGCAACACGCACCACGUCUACGACGAUCUGAAGUACAGCAAGAAAGAUAUCGAACAUGUUGAGGAGUGGGUAAAGCGACACGUAGAAACGACAUGGCACUCCCUCGGCACCUGUUCAAUGGCCCCCCGCGAAGGAAACUCCAUCGUCAAGCACGGCGUGUUGGACGAACGCCUCAACGUCCACGGCGUCAAGGGUCUCAAAGUCGCCGAUCUGAGUAUCUGUCCCGACAACGUAGGCUGCAACACCUAUUCCACGGCGCUGUUGAUCGGCGAGAAGUGCGCGAUGCUGACGGCGGAGGAUCUGGGCUACUCGGGGAGCGCGCUGGAGAUGAAGGUGCCGAAUUAUCAUGCGCCUGGGGAGUUGAGCGGGUUGGCUAGUGCGCGGUUGUAG